AUGCUGGACAAGUCCCUGAAACGCAAAGACUCGGAUGAUGAUGCCGCAGUCACACUAAUGACUGCCGACAUUGAAGGCAUCUUCCCGGGUGUCAAGGAUGUAUACGAACUUGUCCCCAACACCGUCGAGUUGGUGCUGGCCAUGUAUCUCUUGCAGAGGGAAAUAGGCGCCGCGUGUUUCCUCGUGGCUGUUUCCGCCAUCGUCUGCAGCUUCCUGUCCACAUACGUCAGCGACGGCAUCGGCCCAGCACGAAUGGACUGGGCGGAGGCAACGCAGAAGCGUGUAUCGACGACUUCCCUGUUCCUCACCCAGAUCAAGAGCCUCAAGAUGAUGGGUCUGACCGCAUACGUCUCCCGAAAGCUACGUGGUCUCCAUAUACAAGAAGCGAGCGAGUCCAAGAAGUUCAGGACCUACAUAGUCUGGAUCCUCGGCGUUGCAAACAUCUCGCAUCACCUCACACCCGCGGUUGCGAUCCUCGCUGCAGUCUUUUGGACCCGCUCCGGCGGUGAAGGGUUUACAGUCUCGCAGGCCUUCACUUCCUUGUCCAUUGUGUCGCUGAUUUCUACGCCAAUAGCAGAGUUGACCGCUGCCUAUCCCACAAUCGCCGCCUCGCUUGCCUGUCUUGAGCGAAUCGAGGCAUACGUUCUGUCGGACGAGCAGCACGACAAGCGAGUGGUGUCCAAGCAGCUUUACACCGUAAGCUCAAAUGGCGGCGAACGUCUUGGUCCAGUUCGGAGGCCCGUUGACGUCGCUCUCAUUGCCCUCCGACAUGUGAACUUGACCUUGCCAGGGAAGAGUGAACCUGUUCUUCAAGACAUCACCAUCGAUAUCAAAAAGUCCACAGUCACCAUGAUUCUCGGUCCCGUGGGGUGCGGGAAAUCGCUUCUGCUCCAUUCUAUUCUCGGCCAUAUCCCAAUCACCAGCGGAUGUGUGUUUGUGAGUCGGGGCGGCUCAUCGAUGGCCUACUGCGAUCAAACACCAUGGCUGCGCAACCUGUCCAUCCGCGACAACAUCAUAGCAGGAGAUGAGUACAAUCCAGUGUGGUACGGCACGGUAGUGCGCGCCUGCGCCUUGGAGCAGGAUAUCGCUCGCUUGCCCGAUGGCCAUCAUGCCAAGGUGGGAAGCGGCGGCGUCAACCUUAGCGGCGGACAGAAGCAGCGCUUGGCCCUGGAGCGAGCUUCAUACAGCAGAACGGACGUCCUUGUAUUGGACGAUGUGUUCAGCGCCCUGGACGCCAGCACGUUGUCAAAAAUCAGUCAGGCAUUGCUGGGGCGUGAUGGCAUUCUACGAUCGAUGGGGAUGACUGCCAUAGUUGCCACACACUCAGUCCAUCACCUGCAUUACGCAGACCACAUCUUGGUACUCGGCAAGUCGGGCAAGUUCUACCUAUCCUCUGUCGAGGCGUGGUAUAUAAUCGUCUUCAUCCUUCUGGGCGUCGCGUUCAUUUGGGUAGGCAAGCUUCCGCAAGUCUGGCUGCGUCUCUGGACCGAGCACGGCACCACUACAGACACGGCGCUAUACGCGGGCAUUUACGUGGCGCUUGGAAUCGUGGCCAUCAUUCUUUCAGCCGCUGUGUUUUGGUGGUACGGCCUGUUCGUCAUCCCUAGGUCCGGCGUCUAUAUCCACCAGCUCCUCCUGGACAGCUACCUCAGAGCACCACUCUGGUUCCUCACGCAGACAGACACCGGAUCGGUGCUCAACCGCUUCAGCCAGGACAUGAGCCUCGUCGACCAGCAGAUACCCAUGGCCUUCUUCGAAACGGUCCUGAACACGGCGGACACGAUCGCGGCGGCCGCCAUCAUCGCCUCGGGAGCGCCGUACCUUGGAGGUGUCAUGGGGACGAAAUCGCCUCUGUACACAUUUUUGGCCGAGGUCAAGAGCGGGAUAGUCACGAUCCGGUCGUUUGGUUGGCAGGAUGCGUAUGUCGAGGAGGGACUCCGACUGCUGGACGCCUCGCAGAAACCAUACUAUCUCAUGCUCUGCAUACAGGAAUGGCUCUCGUUGGUCCUGGGUAUCUUCGUUGCGGUCAUUUCUAUCGUUUUGGUGAGCUUGAGCAUAUCGUACUCUGAUAUCUCUGGCGGCGGUGCCAUUGGGCUGGCCAUGAUCGGCUUGAUGAGUUUCAACGGCAGCCUGUACGGAAUCGUCAUGGCUUGGACCAAGAUGGAGACGUCCCUCGGCGCCGCGGCUCGGGUUCGCACGUUUGUCAGGGAAACCCCUGAUGAGAACCUCCCAGGCGAGUCCUCAUUGCCUGCAAAGGGUUGGCCUACGACCGGCGAUGUUGAAGUGGCUGGCAUACAUGCCUCAUACAAGGACGGAGGGGAGCAAAUUUUGCGAGAUAUUUCAUUGAAUGCCAGAGCUGGCCAAAAGGUUGGCAUCUGUGGCACCACAGGCAGCGGGAAAAGCUCCCUGCUGCUCACUCUACUGCGGCUUCUAGAGACAUCGUCAGGCCAUCUCCGCAUCGACGGAGUUGAUCUCUCGACGGUGCCACGACAGAUCCUUCGAACACGCUUGACAGUCCUGCCGCAAGACUCAAUAAUACUGCCAGAAAGGGUCCGCAUGAAUCUUGAUUUCGCUGGCCUGUUCCAGAACGGCCCAGGCUCAGACUCAGAUGUGACGGACGAUUCAAGCUACCAUGACCAAGCCCUUCAAAACGUACUCGAAAGAACCGGAUUGUGGGAUCUCGUCCGCCAAGCCGGUGGCCUGGACGCCGACUUUACCAGCCUCGGCCUCUCGCCCGGCCAGCGUCAGCUGUUUGCGCUGGCACGCACGCUGCUGCGCAAAACCAAGGUGAUACUCCUGGAUGAAGCCACAAGCAGCAUGGACGAGCAGACCAGUAAACUCAUGCAGCAAGUCAUGGCUGAUGCGUUUGAGGGGUCUACGGUCCUGAUGGUGGCCCACAGGCUGCAAACCAUCGCGGAUAGUGAUUAUGUGCUGGUCUUUGAGGAUGGCAGGGUCGUGGAAGCGGGAGAUCCGAGGACCUCCAAGGGCUUGGCCGACAAGGUCUACUUCCUGCCGGUCAACGCAGAGUUUGUCCGCAAGGUCAUCCACUACGAACGCCCCGAUGCCAUUUACGUCACUUUCGGUGGACAGACUGCCCUCCAGGUCGGCAUCCAGCUGAAGGAUGAGUUUGAGGGCCUUGGCGUCAAGGUCUUGGGUACUCCACUGCGCGGGUUCGAGAUUCGCGUCCGGGUCGAAGCCGUGGUCGUGGUUGGAGCCUCGAAGGGCGGGCGACAGGCCCUGGUCUGGGCGGCCUUAUCGCCAAACGCCCGGGAUAGCACGCUGCCCCCAAUCGCCUGCGUCGUGGUGCUACAAGCUGCCGGACAACAUGUCCUUUGCUGA